UGGGCGUCCUAACUUGGCAUUGCUGACCCGCAGGGCUGUCACCCGCCCACUCCGAGGCGGGGCGUGUCAUGGACGUGACUCUCAUGGACACUCCCCAGCCCGGGUUCCCAGGCGGGAUCCAGGGGACAGGCCGGCAGAGCAGGGGUCACUGGCAGAGAAGGGGCGGGGUAGCCUGGCCGACCGCUGGCUCUGAGCUCUGAGCUCUGAGCUCUGAGCUCUGAUCCCGGGGCAGCAGGCACCGCGCUCGCUGGGCGCACCAGCUAGGAGUUUGCAGAGCUCGCUGUGCGGGACGAGGGAGCAGGAGGUCAGCCUGUUUGUGGGCGCGCUGCCUGCAGCUCGGCUGCGGCUGCGCUGGGCACGGCUGAGUCAGCAUGCCUGGGCAGCGGGCCCUGCUGCUGGCCUUCCUGGGGUCCUGGCUCCCGCUCCUGGAAGGCGCCAGAAUCCUGACCGUGGUCUUGUACGGUUUUAAAAGAGAGAAAACAUACCAAACUGUCCAUUGGUCUCCUCCUGAAGACUUUCAACAGGAAUUCAAGAAAAAUUUAGAUUUCUUUACAAAGGAAGCUUUGCUGGGAAGGAGCCCACUUACAAACCUUUUGAACAUAAUGAAGCUCUUUGCCAAUCAGUGUAGUGAUUUGCUGAGAAGGACAGAUCUCAUGGGCUCCUUAAAAAAUGCGAGUUUCGACCUGGUGGUGGUGGACGGUUUAGAUCUCUGCGCUUUCCUGAUCGCUGAGAAGCUGGCAAGGCCCUUUGUGGCCGUCCUCGGCACCACGUUUGGGGUGACGAAUUUUGGGCUGCCCGAGCCUGUGUCCUACGUUCCCGAUUUCCACUCCUCCCUGACGGACCGCAUGGAUUUCUGGGGCCGAGUGACGAACUCUCUGAUGUUCUUUAUUUCUUCCUUGAGGCAAUGGUACAUCCAUGCGCAGUUCGAUAGCACGAUCAGAGAAAAUUUCCCAGAAGGCUCUAGGCCAGUGUUAUUUCAUCUUCAACAGAAAGCAGAGCUGUGGUUUGUCAAUUCUGACUUCGCCUUUGAUUUUGCCCGGCCCCUGCUUCCUAACACUGUGUAUGUUGGAGGUCUGAUGGCCAAACCUGUUGAACCUAUACCUCAAGAACUCGAGGACUUCAUCGCCCAGUUUGGCGAGGCGGGUUUCGUGCUGGUGGCCCUGGGCUCCAUAGUGAACGUUGCUCAGUCCCAGCAGGCCCUGGAGCAGAUGCACAGGGCCUUUGCACAGCUGCCUCAGGGGGUGAUAUGGAAGUGCAGCCCUUCUCAUUGGCCCAAACACGUCCAAUUGGCGGCGAAUGUGAAAAUCAUGGACUGGCUUCCUCAGACUGACCUCCUGGCUCACCCCAGCAUCCGCCUGUUUGUCACCCACGGAGGGAUGAACAGUGUGAUGGAAUCCAUCCAGCAUGGCGUGCCCAUGGUGGGCAUUCCUCUCUUUGUAGACCAGCCUGGAAACUUAGUCCGAGUAGAAGCCAAACAUCUAGGCGUCACCAUCCCAAUUGAACAACUCAAGGCGGAGACCCUGGCUCUUAAGAUGAAACAAGUCAUCGGAGACAAGAGCUACAAGUCGGCAGCGGUGGCCGCCAGCAUCAUCAGGCGCUCACACCCCCUGACCCCUGCUCAGCGGCUGGUGGGCUGGAUCGACCACAUCCUUCAGACCGGGGGAGCGGCCCACCUCAAGCCCCACGCCUUCCAGCAGCCGUGGUAUGAGCAGUACCUGCUGGACAUCUUCUUGUUCCUGCUGGGGGUCACCCUGGGCAUCGUGUGGCUCUGUGGGAAGCUGCUGGGCCUAGUGGCCCGGGGGCUGUGUGGGGCCGGGAAGCUGAAGGAGGCCUGAUGCGCAGAGCAGACUUGCAGGGCUGCUGGGGAGCCGCUGGUUCUCUAAAGACUUCCCCCAGCACAGGCCUCCCCUUGGGUCCCCCUCACCCCCACGUGGGCCAUGGCACCAGAACGGCUUCUCGCUCUCUUCUGCCUCUGUUUAGAUAGUCUUAUGCAGCAAUGUUGGGCUUCUUUUUUAAAAUUAUGGUAAAAUAUACAUCACAUAAAAAUGACCAUUUGAACCAUCAGGUAUUCAGUUCAGUGGCAUUGAGUACAGUCAUAUAUUUGUGCAAACACCACUACCAUCCAAUUCCAUAACUUUUUUCAUCUUCCCAAAUUAAAAUUGUGCCCUGAUUAAACAAUAAUUCCCCAUUUCCCCGUCCCCACUCCAAGGCCCUGGGAACCUGUGUUCUACUUCCUGUGUCUAUGAAUUUGACCUUGGCUUCUUGACUUGCCCCUCACCCAUGAGCCCCUCUAUUCAGGCUCAAACCAUCACCAGACAGCCCCGUUUCCUCCCCACUCCCUGUCCCUAGACUCAGUGUUCUAUUUCAUCCCCCUGUCUAGGGACUUCUAUUUCCCCUUUCUUCUUUUUACGCUUUUGAUGAAUAGGACAGAAGCUAUUUGGCCAGUUCUUCCAUUGUGGACCAACCUCUUGCAUCUCCUUCUCAUCUCAUUCAAAGCUCAGAGAGCCCAUCCUCUCCCCCAGUGAGGCAGGGACAGCCCCUCCUAGAACCCCCCUCGUCUCUGCCCCGAGUCCCCUCCUGCGAAGCUCCUCCUUUGCUGGUCCUGAGGGGCCUGCCUGGUUCCACAGGCGAUGCUGUGUCCCAGUGGUCACAGGUCCCCUCUCCAGGUUCCCACGGUCAGAGGUGAGGUAACAGAAACCCUGGAGCCCACACGGAAGGCUUUGGGCCUCAGGUGCGGGGGCCGUGGUGGUGCCCCAGACCGUCUUGAUUUAGGAAACAUGCCACUUGCCAACCCCCCUACCCCCUGCGGUAGAGAAUAUUCCUUUAGGUGGAAUAUUCUGUUGGUGGCUCCAUCCCAUGGAAGCCAAGGCCCCUCUGACUUGUGUCUAGUUACCGCUCCAGACACAUCUUAAAAAUUCUGAAAUAGACCCACAUGAGGAUGUUCAGUUGGUUUUUGACAAAGAUGCAGAGAGAAUUCCGUGGGAAAAGUAAAAUCUUUCCGGCAAAUUGUACUGGAACAAUAGUAUAUCUGAAUGGGACUUGAUCUAAAUAACAUACACAGGGGACAUUGCCUGUUGCUUUCCAUACACGAAAAUUAACUCGAAUCAUAGAUCUAAAAAUAAAUGCUGAGCAUACAAAA